AUGAAGAGACAAAACGUGCGGACACUCGCCUUAAUUAUCUGCACUUUGUCCUAUUUACUCAUUGGAGCGGGAGUCUUCGACGCUCUCGAGUCAAAGCAAGAGAAAAGCCACAAGAGCAAACUAGACUAUCGAAAAUAUCUACUUAUGCAUAAAUAUAAUCUCACCAGGCUUGACUUUGAUCAGAUUGAAAAGGUCGUGCUGCUUCUGAAGCCUCACAAAGCCGGAGUCCAGUGGAAGUUCGCCGGCUCGUUUUAUUUCGCCAUCACUGUGAUAACGACCAUAGGUUAUGGCCAUGCCGCCCCCAGUACGGAUGCUGGGAAAGCGUUCUGCAUGGGGUAUGCGCUUCUGGGCAUCCCCCUCACGCUGGUGAUGUUCCAGAGCCUGGGCGAACGUAUCAACACCUUCGUCCGCUUCCUGUUGCACAAAGCCAAGAAAUGCAUGGGUCUGCGGCGGCCGGAAGUCUCCAUGGCCAACAUGGUGAUCAUCGGCUUCUUUUCCUGCGUCAGCACCUUGUGCAUAGGAGCAGCUGCCUUCUCCCACUACGAAGGCUGGACCUUUUUCCAUGCCUUCUACUACUGUUUCAUCACCCUCACCACCAUCGGUUUCGGGGACUACGUAGCCCUACAGAAAGACAACGCUCUCCAGAAUGACCCUCAUUACGUGGCCUUUAGUUUUGUCUAUAUCCUGAUGGGCCUCACGGUAAUUGGUGCUUUCCUCAAUCUAGUGGUGCUACGGUUCAUGACGAUGAACACCGAGGAUGAGAGAAGAGACGCAGAGCAGAGGGCGCUGCUCUCCAAAGAUAAACCAAGAGGUCCAGUUUCACGGCGUCCGGACCCUCCGAGCCCAGCCGCCGUUGGGCGAGAUAAAAGGCGAGGGCUGAAGAGCGUCUACGCUGAGGUGCUCCACUUCCAGACAGUGUGCUCCUGCCUGUGGUACAAAAGCCGAGAGAAAAUGGUGAUCCUCCCGCAGGAUAUGUCCUUCACUGAUGCGCUAAUGGAGCAAGGAGACGUUUCGCCCCACCACUUCUUCGAACCCGGCCCCACGGGCUGCGCGUGUAACCCUCAACGCUGCUCAGCCAUUAGCACUGUGUCUGCUGACCUGAGAAAUAUCUCACCGUUUAGGCUCUUCUCCAAGAGACGCAGCUCUGUCUGAAUCACC